AUGGCUCCCUUCCUCUUUCCAUAUCCAACGACGGGGUCGGUGACCUUCUCUACCGUCCUACUUGACAGGGGAUUGGCAUACACGCUCGAGUUGGCUGACGCAACGGUCGCACGCACCAAGCUCCAGCUCGUCCUCAAAGCGGCUGCCGCUGGGGAUCAAGGCACGUCGGCGCUCGCCAUCCUCGAGGCAGUGCAGGUCUACCUUCCCCAUCUGCGUGGUAUCAUCGCAUGUCUCGACACCGAUGACCUCUUAUUCAAGGCCUCCGCCCCUCUCCUUCCCUUCCCCUCGAUCCACGCCGAGCACCACUUCGUACUCCUAGUCUACACCAUCGCACUGUGUAACUAUGCAGCGAGCAUCCUCUCCUCGCUCCCGAUAUUCGAGUCGACCGGGCGCGGCGUGCCUGCCCUCAGCACCGAGGACGAGAAGAAGACGACAGCCGCGCUCUCCCGCGCUGUCGACCUUCUCUCGCAGGCCUCGGGCGUGGCAGAUUGGGCUGCGACAAACGUGGCCCCUCAGCUCGAGGAGGGCCGCAGGGCCACCGGUGGCCGCGUGGGAAAGGGCUACAAGUGGCCGGUCGAGACAGGGCCUGAGGGUUUCCGCGGCCUCUCAAUGAUCCUCCUCGCUGACGCGCACGUCACGGCAAUCCGCAAGCUCCUCCUCCCCGUGCUGGGACACGCGCUCUUUGCUCCCCCAGGCCCGCCCCUCCCACCCAAGCACGCCUCCCCCAGUCUCCUGGGCAAACUCUACCUCCACGUCGCGAGCCUGUACUCUCAAGCCUCGGCACUGUUUGCGGUACACGACGUGCCAGCCGUCAAGGCAAAACUCUUCGCACGCGACCGCCUCCCCAACGACCCUGACGCGGCAGAGAGCGACAUCAUCCCCGACCUCAAGCGCUACCUGCGGAAGGAGGCGCUCUUGUCUUCAGCGCUGGCGUAUAAGUGGUUGGGAGUCGAUGUGGGGGAAAACGGCAAGGGCAACUGCGUCGGAGAGGCGAUUGCGUGGAUCUCGGAGGCAAGGGAACGCCUGGCCCAGCUCGAGGACGGCAAGGUCGAGGCCAAGUUGAAGGGUCUUAGUAUUGGCCGUAGCGCCGAGCGCAGGAAAGAGGCUCGCAAGAUGCGGCAGGGAAGGAUCGAGCGCGAGACUGCAGAUGCGGACGCGUGGAUCAGCUCGUACAAGAAGAUGAACGAUACGGUCGCGUUCCAGCCCAUCCCACCGGCCACGAGCCUCGUCGCACCUCCCGGCCGACCCAUCUUCACAGCUAAGGCGUUCUCACCACCCGACGCCAAGCUCACCCCGCUCGUCCGGGACGAGGGUUCCGACCCAGAACGGCGAGACGACCCGUCCUCUCCUCGCGAGGCGGAGUACGCGGGCAAGGGAAAUUACUUCUAG